GGAGAGAGGCCUUGUAGCCACAGCCGCCGGGGCUCCGUCGGCUCCGAGGAAGGGGGUCGGGUCGCUGAGAGAGUGCGGAGCUCCGCGUCCGCCGCCGCCCCGCUCCCUCGCAGCGCCCUCGCGCCGACGAAUCUGUUGUCAUAGGAAUUACUGCCUUCAUUGCAUUGCCUUGCAGAGAGUGGGUGUCCAGAGAAGUGUUUGCCGGACGCUCCACCAUUUACAGGUUGUUAGCAAACGAAGACAUUGCAUUUUGAAAUAUGGUUAAUCUCCUGAUGCAGCAUCAGAGGCUAACAAUAUUAAUGGCCAGAUCUAGUGCUCACAUGGCCUUCUGAAGAAGCCAUGGGUAGCUGCUGUAGCUGUUCAGAUAAAGACACUGUCCCAGAUAACCAUCGGAACAAAUUUAAGGUCAUUAAUGUGGAUGAUGAUGGGAAUGAGCUAGGCUCUGGCAUAAUGGAGCUUACAGACACGGAACUGAUCCUCUAUACCCGUAAACGUGACUCAGUAAAAUGGCACUACCUCUGCCUGCGACGAUAUGGCUAUGACUCCAAUCUCUUUUCUUUUGAAAGUGGUCGAAGGUGUCAGACUGGACAAGGAAUCUUUGCUUUUAAGUGUGCCCGUGCAGAAGAAUUAUUUAACAUGUUGCAAGAGAUUAUGCAAAAUAACAGUAUAAAUGUGGUGGAAGAGCCAGUUGUGGAAAGGAAUGGUCAUCAGACAGAAUUGGAAGUCCCUAGAACACCCCGAACACCUACAACUCCAGGGUUUGCUGCUCAGAACUUACCUAAUGGAUAUCCCCGCUACCCCUCAUUUGGAGAUGCCUCAUCCCACCCCUCCAGCCGGCACCCUUCUGUGGGAAGUGCUCGCUUACCCUCGGUUGGUGAAGAGUCUACACAUCCUUUGCUUGUGGCUGAGGAACAAGUACAUACUUAUGUUAACACUACAGGUGUGCAAGAGGAGCGGAAAAACCGUGCCAGUGUCCAUGUCCCCCCCCCUCCAGAGGCUAGAGUCUCUAAUGCUGAAAGCAGCACACCAAAAGAGGAACCAAGUAAUGUUGAAGACAGGGACCCUCAGGUUCUUCUGAAACCCGAAGGGGUCAAGUUUGUUUUAGGACCGACCCCUGUUCAGAAGCAGUUGAUGGAGAAGGAGAGACUGGAGCAGCUUGGAAGAGAGCAAGUUAGUGGAAGCGGUGCCAACAGCACGGAAUGGGACACUGGCUAUGACAGUGAUGAGCGGAGAGAUGUCCCCUCUGUUAACAAACUGGUGUAUGAAAAUAUAAAUGGGCUAUCUAUCCCGAGUGCCUCAGGGGUCAGGAGAGGUCGGCUGACAUCUACCAGUGCCUCAGACACACAGAACAUCAACAACUCAGCUCAGAGGAGAACUGCAUUGUUAAACUAUGAGAAUUUACCAUCUUUGCCUCCUGUUUGGGAAGCCCGCAAGCUAAGUAGGGAUGAAGACGACAGUUUAGGACCAAAGACCCCAUCUCUCAACGGCUACCAUAAUAAUCUAGAUCCAAUGCAUAACUAUGUUAAUACAGAGAAUGUAACUGUGCCAGCAAGUGCUCACAAAAUAGACUAUUCAAGGCGGCGGGAUUGUACCCCGACAGUCUUUAACUUUGACAUCAGGCGCCCCAGCUUAGAACACAGGCAACUCAAUUAUAUACAGGUGGAUUUGGAAGGUGGCAGUGACUCCGACAACCCUCAGACUCCAAAAACGCCUACCACUCCCCUUCCACAAACCCCUACCAGGCGCACAGAGCUGUAUGCUGUGAUAGACAUCGAGAGAACUGCUGCUAUGUCCAAUUUGCAGAAAGCACUGCCACGAGACGAUGGGACAUCUAGGAAAACUAGACAUAAUAGUACUGACCUGCCCAUGUGAGCCCGGAGAGCAUUAUGCCGUUUGCACCUUCGUGACGUUUUCCAAAAUGAAGAUGCAAUGCUUCAUUUCAUUUCUACACUAACUCCUUUUAUAGACUGAUUCAUUUUUUCUGAUUAUUUCAUGUGCAUCUUUAAAGGGAAUUAAUGUAGAGCAGGUACUCCUUAAAGAACAGUUAUGUCAUUAUAUUCUCAUUAUUGUACAGCAGCAUUCCCAUUUUCACAGUGCCUAUUUAAAAUGAGAUUUGAAGUGAAUGACAUGCUGGUUGCUUUCUAUUCCAUAUCCAGGACAUGUGCAUAUCUUCCACGUCUAAGUUGUGUUGGCAUCUGAACCUUUUAUAAAGUCUCUUGAUAACAUGCAUUGCUAACAUAACUCUAGGUCUUGAAGGUUGGACUCGUAGAUUCACUGCUCACAGUGUAUGGUCUCCAGCAUGGAACACGGGGAAUCUUAUUUCGUUAAUUACAGGCUUUUUGACUUGGGCCAAAAAAAGAAAAGAAAAAAAACCCAGAAGAACCACACCUCCUUUUAUACCAGUCAGCUCCUGUGUCUUCAGUGUUACUAGAAAGUGUCCAGUAUCCUGAAUAUGGUUGUGCAUUGGAAGGCAGACAGGAGACCAAGUUCUGUUUACUCAUCUCAUGGUGUCGUUUGAAGGGCAUGUCCAGAUAUCUUACUCAGAACUACGGUGGGUUUAGGAAUCAGUCUCAGGUCACUUACCCAAAAACAUUUGAAAAAUCUACACCAUGAUCUCUUGGCGUUUCUUUUCCAUAGAUUAUUCACAGCACAUUAUUUUCUGGAGAUGUUUGUGCCAUUAAAUUCCCAAGUAGCUUCAGUUCUUGGUUGUUUUUUCCCCUUUGGUGUUUGGGUUGUCUUACUUUGUUUUGUAAUGUCUUUCUUAAUUUACAAUACAAUGUUUCAGUUUGUAUAUCAUUUUGGGGAUGGGAUUGUAUGUUUGUUAGUUAGUUUGCAUUUUUGUCAAGUUAUAGUCUUGGAGGUCUAUUUGGAAGUGACUGUUAUUUUCUAACAGGGUUGCCCUUGUCCAGUAUUUAUUUAUCUGCUGUUUACUUUUCCAGUUGAUGAAAAAAAAAUUCCAAUUUUAAGUCUCAUUUGUGUCCAGAGGUGAUCUCUUUAGUAGCUGAGAAGAAAAGGAAGAUGCUCUCAAACAUGAGAGUUCCGGAAAGGCCCUGUCCUCCCUGUGGGCGCACCCCCAGCACUUUAGCAGGGAUUGCCUUAGCUAUAUGGCUGCAGUCCCGCUCACUCUGCCCACUCUGCUGUUCCUGGGCUCUGCUGGCCUUUCACGUGGGGCCAGGCUCUUCUUAGCCCCUGAUGAUUUGGGUGAGCUGCUAACAUUGUUGCCAGCGUAGCAGGUACAGGGAAGUCUUGACACAAUGCAAUUAUGUCAUAAUUAGGAUAUGAAAUGAACUAAAAUUUAUUUAAACCUAUGAGAGUUCAGAUGUCAAACUCUGGGGGAAAAAAAGCUCCAAAUUCCCAAACCACAUAGAAUAAAGAGAGUGGGAGGACAAGUAGCCUUACAAAAUAUUUUAUUUUUCUCUAACGUUGAGGAAGUUUCAUGUUAUGAUCUGGAUAUAUCCGAUGUGACCAAGGUUGAUUUAACAAGAAAACAUUUCAGUUACAGAAUAUUCAAUACAUUCAGAACUCAUCACAGAACGGGAAAUAGAUGAGAAGAACAGUUGAGUGGGCCACAAUGAAAAUACUACAUCGUCAUUGGCGUUUUCGCUCCAUUGGUUUUAUAGCACAUCUUCAUUUUCCUUCUGUUCUCCUCUGUAAACUCGGUGCUUAUUACACUGUCCCUGCUCUCUAGAAGUCAGUGGCUAGGUGUGCAGACUCCAUGUUUGAUAUCCUGUUCCUUUAUCCCUUCUUCUGAGUAGAUUGCUAAAAAUCGUGCCAAAUUUCAGUGGUGGGUUUUGAACGUGGGGGUAAGCGCCCUGGUGGCAGCACUCCACACGGUUUCCUCUGUAAGGAGUCAGGACAGAGCCUAGCUCUCCAGUGAGAGGGCUCAUGUGUCUGUUCAUUCUGGAGCUGGAUGUCUUGUUCUUUCUUUCCUUUGUACUCUUCACUUUCCCCUUCAGAUUUGAAUUAGAUUUUAUAUUUUUUUUUGGUGACUCUAAUCACUACAGUUUUUUAUGCUUUAAAUAGUGCAUAGUUUAAGAAUGAAAACGGGACCAAUUUGUCUGCUAAACUUUUGAUUUUAGGGUACUAUGUAAGUAUUAGUUAGGAAGAGGUAAACAGGUGGUGUUAAUUUCUAGGUGUCUUCUGGAAAUUGCCUUUGUUUAAUCGGUCAUUUAUACCACUCUCCUUUACAGUAGUCUCAUACUGGGCAUUAAGCUCCGUCCUGGAAGAAUGUACCUAUUACUAUUAGUGAAUUUUGGAGUGAGAUUUUUAUUGGCACACAUUUGUGGCCAUAUGACUUAGAUUUUCUGAGACAAACCUAACUUUAUAUAGUUGGUUUUGUUGAUUAGACCAUGUGACCCUACUUUUUUGAUUUGGACGUAUAAUCCUUGCUACCUUGUUUUCCUCCAAAUAAAAUCCUUUUGUAUCCAUAUAGAUCACGACAAUAUUUUUUUCCAGACCAGGGUUGAAAAGUGAUAUGGGUAUUACUAGUGUUUUUCUGAAUGUUUAUUUCUCAGUUUCAUCUUCCUUUGAAAAAUUGAAAGUAUGGUGCCUUCCCUCCCUCCAAGAAGAUUGGCAAAUAGUUCCCUUUGUUUACUGCUGCUGUGGAGUGAUGAGACAUGCACUUUACUCUCCAAGACUCAGCAAAAAGCUUUCACUUCUCAGUAUAUCCAUGACAGAUCACAUUUGGGACUUGAGAAUCUUUGCCAAGCAAUCUUUGUCACUACAUUAUUAAUGUUGACCUCCCCCACGAUGCUAUAAGUCCAACCGAUGUUUGUUUAUUCUCUCCACUGUUCCCACCCCAGAUCUGUGGCACAGCAUAUAAAAAUGUACCUCAAUAAUGUUCUAUUAAAAAUGGGACAGUGGCCUUAAGUUUUCAUAAUUUUCCAACAUGUGCCACCGUAUAUUUGCCUCAAGGUAAAGGUCUUAACAAGCUAAAAGUACUUCCCAGUGUCCCCUGUGCAGUUUUCUGUCCACAAUGCCCAAGUGUUUUGUGCAAUGUGUAGUGUGUAUAUAUAAAUAUAUAUCUAUAUAUUCUUGAAAUAGGCAUAACAUCAGAGACGUCAUUCAGAAGUAAUGUAUUGGCAUCUCAUUCAUAUUUCUGAUGUGAAUUGUAUGGUACUAUUUACUUUUUCCGUAAUGUUUUCCAAAUCUGAAUCAAGGCGUUGGUACGAAAUUGCAGAAUGUAUAGGAAACAUUUUGGCUUGAAAAGUUAACAAAUGAAAGUAUUCAGACCUAUCAGUGUACUCUGCCCAGACCUGCAUCCUGUCUUCUUGCUUCCUGUUCCCCAUUCCUGCUUCUUCACUCUUCAGGGUGUAAUAAUUCUCUCAUACCAUCCUAUAAGGGUGAGAUUCUCGAGCAGUUGGACAAGAAAGCAUGGAAACAGGCUGGUAUCAAUAGUACGGUAGUCACCAGGUGCCACACUUGCAUUAGUAAAUGCAAAAUGUUUUAUAAAGGACAAACUUUGUGUUAUGUUUCUAUUUUCAUUACAUUGUAUAAUAAUGUAAGAUUAUUGUAUGUCCUAAUUUGCAUUAUAAAUGUUUUUUCCUACAUAAAGGCAUAAAUAUAGCAACUUUGUAUAAAGGUAGCUUAUUAGAUUUUCAUUUUUCUUUUAUAGAAGUUGUCUACAGUGGGACUACCAUUGCCAAAUUGUAUAUGUGAUAUGAAUUUUACCCCAUGGUUAAUUUCUUUUCUAAACAUUCCACAUUUCCUUAAUGAACGAUGUGAUACUGUACUAUGCAUAGAUUGUGUUUUAAUGCUGUUUCAUAUCAGCAUUUUAAUUUUGCAUUUGCAUUUUUGGUAUUGGCAAAAACGUAACCACUGGUAAUUAAAAUAAACCCUUGUUGUAUAUGUAACAGCAUCAUCUGCCCUCCAUCCCUUCUGGCCCCCUGUUCUUUAUUCUCCCUGUCAGUGCCAACUUCAUACAUUUUGUAGCAUGGCAAUAAAAUGUAACUUUUACACUGAGGCCAAGUGUGGCUUUUUGGAGGCAGUGGGGUGGGAGGAUUGCCACUUAGUUGUCCUAGUAUGUAACUUUCUGCCAUCUAAGCCAUGUUGUCACAUAGAGGUUAUAUAUGAUGUGAACAUGCUUUAAGGACAAGUGUGGAUGUGCUUUAAAACUUUGUUUUUAAUGUAACAAUAAUUAAUUUUUAAUAUUUGGAAAUGUCAGAGUUCUUGAAGUACAAUCAAACCUUUAUUAACUGGAGUACUUAAAGAAUAAGGUAAUAAUGGAAUUUUGUUAAACAAGGGCUAAGCAACACUUUUUAAAGAUUCUUAUUUAUUGUGGAGUAUUAGUAUACUUUACUAUCCUAAAAUUAUGAUGUGUCAACUAUGGUUUAAUAUUAGACAAUGUAGCAUCUUGCAAUGCCUUACUGUUAUCAUUCUGCCAUCAGUAUCCACGAUGAGGCACUCAGGCUGGUACUGGAAGCUGAGAUGACUAUACACUGACCUUAAGUAUUCAUGAAAACUGCUUUGUUGAAUAAAAUCUGAGAUCUUAUGGUCACUCUUCCCUUAUUGCCAAAAGUAGACUGCAAUAAAAUCCAAAUAAAAGCUUGGUUGGAUACUU